GAACUCGUGCAAUGGCUAAACAGUCUUCUGCAGCUCAACAUUACCAAGGUUGAGCAAUGCGGUACUGGCGCUGCCCUCUGCCAAGUUUUUGACAGCAUCUACAUGGAUGUUCCCAUGUCGAGGGUCAAGUUCAACGUCAACUCAGAAUAUGCCUACAUUCAGAACUUCAAAGUUCUUCAGAACAUCUUCGCCAAGCACCAGAUCGACAAGCCGAUCCCCGUGGAAUCGCUCGUCAAGUGCAAGAUGCAGGACAACCUCGAGUUCCUGCAGUGGACCAAGAAGUUCUGGGACCUCAACUUCCCCGACCACGACUACGAUGCCGUCGCGCGGCGAAAAGGCGGAGCUCUCCCGGCAGGAGGCGGUGCUCCCCGCGUGGCGUCGACCGGCUCCGGUGCCCGGAGAGGUGGCGUGACUCCCAGCGGCGGUCCUCGUGUGGCCAAAGCCGCCGGCCCCGGUACGGCUGCUCUGCAGCAGGAAGUGGCUACGCUCAAGGAGACAGUUGUCGGUCUAGAGAGGGAACGCGACUUCUACUUUAGCAAGCUGCGGGACAUCGAGCUCCUCAUCCAGCAGGCCGUUGACGAGGACCCGGAGAUCGAGAAGCAGGAGGACGGACUCAUCAGGCAGAUCCAGGCCAUCCUCUACUCGACCGAGGAGGGUUUCGAGAUCCCUGCCGAGGGCGAGGUCGUCGAUGACCAGGAGACGUUUUAA